AAGUAGGAUAGCUCUCACUGGAAACAAAACGCAUUUGAUAUCUGCAUUUAAAAACUCCUGUAUAAUUGUAAUGGAAAAACCAACACGAGCGCGCUGAAUUUGCUUUGGAAAGCUCAGAGAGCUUCACAUUUAUCCGCUAGCCGAAAGUGCCACUGAACUAAUGGAGGACAAGAGGAAGAAAAGGAGUCCCAAAGUGUCCCUUCCCCAGCCGCCUCCUCCUCCGAUCAACCCUCGGAAACUCUCUGUUCUCCCGGCGAGUAAGAGUGCCACAUUCACGCUGGGUCUGCCGCAGCCUCCCUCUCCCAAACACAGGGGCAAGUACAAGAGAUCGGUGGGGGCAAUGGGUCCAUCUAAAGAAGCCCUUGCUGUUCCCAUGGUUCCCCCCAAAAAUACAAGGCCUCACAGAGAGAAACCCAGAGCUCCUCAGCCUGCUGGGUCCAGCCAUGUGUCACAGUCCUCCUCACCCCUCCAGCACUCAUUUCUCACAGACGUCUCUGAUGUGAGAGAUAUGGAAGGAGGUCUCCUCAACCUGCUCAAUGACUUUCACUCUGGAAAACUGCAGGCUUUUGGUAAGGUGUGUUCCUUUGAACAGCUAGAGCAUGUGAGGGAGAUGCAGGAACGUCUGGCCCGACUACACUUCAGUCUGGACAGUCACGUGGAGGAGCUGUCAGAGGACCAGAGAAAAACUGCAUCAGAUCGCAAUCUGGAACACCUGCUCUCUAAUCUGGAAGAAUUGAGCAGCUCAAUACAGAAACUUCACCUGGCAGAAAAUCAAGACUUGCCCAAGACCUCCAACACCUGAGCGGAAAGCCAAACUCAGCUGACCAUCAAAACACUGUGCAAACCAAAUCCCAAGUUGCCAUGGUUAAAACUUAUCUGCAAGAGCUAAAAUGAGUGCCAUCAUAGUUAUCGGUGUCUAAAUGCUAUAUUAAGUAACAACAACAACAACAACAACAUCAAAGCACAUUCACAAUCUGAAUGAAAUUGAAUUUAAUUUCUUUUGACACUUUUCUGAACGUUCUGAUCUUUGCAUUUCAAUAUGAAAUCUUACUUUGAGAUUACUUAGAUUUUUGUUAUGUUGGUCCUUAUACCUAAAAGGUAAUUUUUUGUUGCAGUGCUUUAAAGCAUACAUUUGUUUGAACAGAUGCUAAUUGUAGUUUAGUUAAGAAUUGCAUAGGCUGAUUUUAUAGGUUCAGCCCUGGUAAAAAAAAAAAACACCUGUUGGUUGGUGAGACACCACCUCAUUCAUCAUGUGCGUUUUAGUGAGAGGUUAUGUGCAUGCGUGCAAAAGAGAGAGAGGGUGUGACUUUUCAGAAGUUUGUGUAGUAUUUCAUCAGUGCAAGGGACAGUGGUUGGAGAAGUGGAUUCUCCCAAAUUGUCUAGUUUCUAUAUGACGAUGAAAUUAUUCCCGACCCAGCACAUUUCUUGUCAUUUUCCCUCUUAAAAUUUGAUAUGAGCAGCCACUAGGGAAUGACAUAGUCAUUUUAAGGUAAAGUUAUGCAAUGUCUCUAAUUAUAAUAGCAGGAGUUUCAUGUCACACAUUUUAAAAUCUCUUAAGAGAAAAAAAAAAGAUUUAGUGUGCGAUUAAAGACUGCAAUCUUCACAGGGACAUCGCCAGAACAUAUGGAACAGGAAGCACUAUUAACUUACAGAUAAGCUAGUGAUAUUUUAUCAAAGCAAUAACCACACCAAUAUAUCUUAAUUAAACCCACUGCUAUAGCCCAAUGUGGUGACACCACAGAAAAUUUUCAGCAUAUAUUCCAUAAAAAAGAGAUUUCACGUACCAUAUUGUAUGUUCCAUUUAAAAACAAUGGAGCAAAUUAAUUAUUUUUGUAUGUUAUUACGUCUCCAUAAUAUACCUAUUAAUAGUUAUUAAAGUGAAUCGAGCAAGAAAAUAUGUGCGAUUUGUUUUUCCAUCAGCAUGAAACCCAUUUAGACUAAAGGUAAGCUUCUCCCGUCCCACUAACGUUAGUGUUUGGAUUUGGGUAGGAGAAACUGACCUUUUGUUACAGAUAAAUGUCUCGGUUAAGUAUGUAACCUUGGUUCGAGACAUGCACCUGGGUCUCAAACAUCAUAGCCAAUAUUAGAAUACUGGUGUUAUUUUAGAGAGGUUUCAACUAGGUCAUGUGGAAGGACAACUCCCCAUAUGCGUUAGCACGCAAUGUCAAGUGUACUGAGACAAAAGGGAAAUUCAACUUUAUCACGGGGAGGCAAUCGGACACAGUAAGCAGUGGAUUGAGUGAGCUAUACACGAGUGAAAAUUUAACUAUAAUUUUUAUAAUUCCAUUGAUUUUCAAGGUUGGGGGGUGAAAAUAUGAAGUCAAAGAGUCGAUUCCAGCAGCUGUCGUCAGGAAUCGGAUUUGACAAAAAAAAACUAGAAAUCGAACAGCCCUAUUGUAAAUGACUUUGGAGUAACUGCAAACUCACUCAGGACUGCUGAGACCAUUGAUCGUAGUGCCUCUUCUCAGUAUAUAGAUUACAAUGAUUGCUUUACAGUAAACUCUCCAUGGGACCCUCAAAAUGAAAGAACUUGACCUUUUUGUAGAUGUUUGUACUUGGAAUAGAUGUACAGUAAUUUUAAACUAUAUGUUAUAUACCAUGUUUGUAAACUAGUUGUUUUUAAAAGAGCUAUUUAAUUUUGAUCAAGAAACAAUCUGAUAGAAUUUGUUUAUUCUUGAUGACGCUGAUGGAAAUACAGUAUUUGUGUGUGUUAUAUUUGUAUAAUAAAAGAGUAA